AGCGACAUGUCCCAAAUCUUUUCUUCUUGGUUCUUUUAUGGAACUCUUUCGUCGCACGCUAAGUGUCAUCUGUUCUCCAAUAGCCUGGUCCGACACAUCGUGGACAGGGAUUUAAAGAGUCGACCUACACGUCCAGACCCUUACACUACGGACUUCUGCAUUCCCCCAUCAGUCCCCUGCAAAGUGACGGAAACGUGUCGAGUUUUCUGGCGGUCGGAGUAGUCGGCACCAGGGAGAGCGUGAUGAAAGAAAGCAAGAACAUGAGCGCAUGUGAGGGGCACCAGUCCGGCCGCCGCUGGGACUUACUCGGGCAUGAGAGUCUACUCUACAAACUUUUCCGGUCCAGACGAGCACUGCAGGCCGUCAUGAAGCGCCACGGGGUCGGCCAGAAGCUGUUGGAGCCGCUUUUUAACCACAUCGUCGUUCACUCUAUGGACCAUCACGGCGCCUAUAAGUCGUCUCACCUGAGGUUUUUCCCUCCAUCCUUGGGAUACAGGAUGUACCACCUACCAGGCCUUCAACACCAACAUGUUCCGCGUCAUGCUCGUCCGACCCAACCUCAACCCGCUGGCUCCCAACACUCUCCGCUCUAUCAACAAGCCGUUCUACCAGGACCUGUACCGAGAACUGAAGAACAUCGAUCCCGACGUUGCGGAGAUGGCGACCGCUAGUGUCAUGUACUAGGGCCGGUCACAUUUGACAUCAAUACAUGCACGUUUAACGUUACAGGUAUGACAGUGGUUAGUGGGAAUUUUGGGACAUUGUUGGAUAUGUAUAUCCAACAAUCUAGAUCAUUACCCAAUAUGUGUGGCCUGGUUUGUAAUCCUGCUACAAACGUCGUACGACGAGUGUUGAACAAAGGUGCAGGGGCUUUUGCAAACAAAACAAAAAUAUAAGUAGAAUACACAAACUAAAAAUUUGUGUAUAUUUUUGAAAACUCCUGUUCAUACGUAUGGCUAUUCGUUAGAAAACUUAGUGAUCUGUAUUGGAAAAUAUGGCAACAAGAGACAAUGCUGCUUUUGUCAAGAUCAAGAAUUAUGAAAUCUUAAUGUAAGUCGUUGUCUACAGAAACGUUACGAUACAUGGCCUAUACACAGUUGGUACGUAGAAGAUUCUGAUUUUAAUAUACCACAAAAUGAAGGUGAUACAAGAAUAGCACAUUAAUGAAUCUUAAUAGCACAUAAGCAAUUGCAAGUAACUUGCACUAAGUAAUACACACUCAUCUGGUAAAGUUCUCAGGAACAGAAAAAGAGCCUUUUUGUGCACUGGUAUAACGGCACCAUGGCGGUAAACUAUGGCGGCCAUUUUAGAAGAAUAGUGUAGGUAAUUGUUAGGAAGGAAAGUAUAUCAGUAUAAUGAAUGAAUAAAUAAAUGAGAAACCUUUAUUGUGCCUUUAUUCUCAAACAGGAUAGAGAGGGAGUGCAAUUACAUGGAUAUAACACCAUAUAUCUUACUUUUUGUAAUUACAUUUAAAAAAUACAUAGUACAGCACAGCAGGAACAGGUAUACAAAGGAAAACAUACGGCACAGAAAUGUGAAGACAAAAAUCUAAAUAUAAUUACAGAACAGUUAUAUCAUACUUAGGUUAUUAUGUAAUUUGCACACACACAACACACAGGUUGCCCCCUACAACUUUUGAAACUGGAUUUCCAAGGGGGCCAACAAAACAAAACAAACCAUGUUACAUUCAGUGUUACAUUUAACCCCACAAAGUGACAACUAUAAUGAGCUGAAGUCCGAUGACCAAACUUACCAGCGGGAGAGUGAAGAUGCGGUCACCGCCGCUCCUGGCGCACAGGUCCCAGGACCAAGCCUUCACGGCGUCGUACUUGCCGACUGCGAUUGGAAGAUAUGAAAAUGACAAUAAGUUUAUUGUUUAUUUUG